CUGUGAAGCGUUGGUGGGAAGAUCCUCACCUGUGAACACGGGGGUGGGCGGUGCCCUGGAGUGUGGUCACCUUUCACCGCUGUUCGGUCUCCUAGGCUUCUCGUUACUGCUUGAUUCCAACUCCUCCCGGGAUUCGCAAAAGGAAUGUGUUUUGAAUGGAAACUUGAGUUGUUCGCUCUUUAAUUAACCAGGAUCUGAACCAAUGAUGCUGGGUUCACCCACGUCUCCAAAGCCAGGGGUUAAUGCCCAAUUCUUACCUGGAUUUUUAAUGGGGGAUUUGCCAGCUCCAGUGACUCCACAGCCUCGAUCGAUUAGUGGCCCUUCCAUAGGAGUAAUGGAAAUGAGAUCACCUUUACUUGCAGGUGGAUCACCACCACAGCCUGUUGUACCAGCUCAUAAAGAUAAAAGUGGAGCUCCGCCAGUUAGAAGUAUUUAUGAUGACAUUUCCAGCCCAGGACUUGGAUCAACACCUUUAACUUCAAGAAGACAGGCAAACAUUUCAGUAAUGCAGAGUCCUCUUGCUGGAGUUGUAACAACUACUCCUGGAACAGGGCAAAGUAUGUUUAGUCCAGCAAACAUUGGUCAACCCCGAAAGACAACAUUAUCUCCUGCCCAGUUGGAUCCUUUUUAUACUCAAGGAGAUUCUCUGACAUCUGAAGAUCACCUUGAUGACACUUGGGUGACUGUGUUCGGGUUUCCUCAGGCAUCUGCUUCCUAUAUAUUAUUACAAUUUGCACAAUAUGGGAAUAUCUUAAAACAUGUGAUGUCUAACACAGGAAAUUGGAUGCAUAUUCGUUAUCAAUCUAAAUUGCAGGCCCGGAAAGCCUUGAGCAAAGAUGGAAGAAUUUUUGGAGAAUCUAUCAUGAUUGGUGUAAAACCAUGUAUAGAUAAAAGCGUCAUGGAAAACAGUGACAGGUGUGCUUUAUCAUCUCCAUCUCUUGCCUUCACACCACCGAUCAAAACCUUAGGUACACCAACCCAGCCUGGAAGUACUCCUCGGAUUUCUACCAUGAGACCUCUUGCUACAGCAUACAAAGCUUCUACUAGUGACUAUCAGGUGAUUUCUGACAGACAAACACCAAAAAAAGAUGAAAGUCUUGUAUCCAAAGCAAUGGAAUACGUGUUCGGCUGGUAGUGUAGGAAGAGCUGAGACGUCAAGUACAAAGGAGAAGACUGCCACACUAAAGCAGAGUUAGCAGGGUGCUGCUGGGAUUCUUCGGUUAGUUAUAUAACCACUCUUGACAGUGUCAUAUAGCUGUCUCAUACUUCCUUUGGAAGCUUUUUUCUUUAAGAAUAUAGCAUACUUGUAGCUCGCACUUUAAAAGAUGCUUGAGAUACAUUUUAAAGAAACAAAUCCCUGUAAAGAUUUUGGGCUUCCUGUGAUAGUGCAUGAUUAACUGCAAAAACUCAUUGAUUACUGUAAAUUAUAUAAUUGAGUUUAUAGUGAAGCUUUGUAGUCUUCAUAAGUUGGUGAGGUGAAAUUCAUGAAGGGUAACUACAGCUGCUUCUAACAAGACACAAAGAGUAUAAUUAACAAUUUGAAUUAGGGUCUUUUAAUUUAGAUAGUAUUUAAUAUUUUAAUUAUCCUUGUUUAUAUUUGUCCUGGAUGAUCAUCUUUCAGUCUUGUAAAGCCAAUGCAGUCUUUUAAAAAACCGAAGUUUCUUGAUAAUAAACUUGUCAAUUAUAUGUA